CAAAUCCUCAUAUCAAUGAUGAUAGACAAUGUGAAUCGAAAUUUAAAGAAUCAGAAUUAGAAUAUGAACGUAAUAAACAGGUCUUAACAGCACGUAUUAAAACAAUUACAAUAUGUUUCAUUACCAGAUGGAGAAUUUCUCAAGCACCACUUCUAGCAAAUGAAUCCUCACCACUAUCAUCUAAUUCUGAAAAAUCAUCUAUAUUAACAACAGGUGUUAUUCACCAUUCAACUAUUAUUUCAACAUCAUCAUCAAAAAAUGCUCAUGAUGUAAUAACAAAAAUAGGAAUUGUUCCUCCAUCAAUUCUAACAUGUACACAAUAA